AUGCACUCCUCCGCCAUCAUCAUCACACUCCUCGGCUGCGGCUGCUCGCCAUCGCCCUGGCCCGCCCUCAGCAGGCUGUCCAGUACAGCAUCCCCGUCCUCUCCAGGGUCCAUCAGUCUGAUGACCAUGGCCAGUUCAGCUCACAGUAAGUACCAGUCCGCGGAUGGCGCCACCGUGCAGGAGACCGGGUUCUUGAAGCCAACCAAUGACAAGACCGACUACGUGCUUGCCAAGCAGGGUAGCUUCUCCUACACCUCCCCCGAGGGUGUACCAGUACAGGUGGUCUACACGGCGGACGAGUACGGAUUCCACCCCACGGGCAACGUGCUUCCUGUCGGCCCAGCUGCCGUCCAGCCUACCUUCUAGUAGA